CAACAUGUCUAUGAGCGCACCGCUCGCUUGGAGGGAGUAGGGAAGGGAAGGAGACGCAGUGUUACCUCAGAAAAGCCAGGACUGUUUUGUUUUUUAUAUAUUUUUUACACUCCCGUACUAUUCCUGCUAUAUCGUUAAUGGGUCCGGGUUACUACUUCCUCAGCCGGUGCAUCGUCCGCCACUCUUCCAGACGAUAUGUAGUGUGUCGGCUCGUCAGCCACAACAAAGCCAGGCGCUAAAGCUAACACGCUAAGCGCCAGUCGUGUCAUAUUUGCGCGGUUUGCGUGAGAAAAGCGGCCCGGCUCGCCUUUAACCAGGGCGGCGAGAGACGUGGGAAGUCAUGGCCUCGGUCGGGAUAGAAAGUGAAGCGGGUGGAAGUGACUUGGAUUUGAACAAUGCUCGCACAGAUUUCGGCACACCCAGGCGGAGCGAGGAGGGCUUCCGGGACGGACAGACGUCGAGCCCGUCGUCUUCUGGGGUGUCCGGGGAAGUGGACGAGGAGGACCUGGAUCAACUGCAACACAGUGCGGCGUCCACGGUGGAAAAUGGCGAGGAGGCGCUGGAGGAGGAGAGUUUAACCAAAACAAGACGCGGCUCACCGGAAAGGACGACUGUUGACAAUAAACAGAAGGCUGGCACGCCGUCUGAGCGCAUUGGAAGCCUGGAGCGUCAGGAAUCAGUCGCCACUACAGAGGCCCGGUUAAGAAUGGAGGGAGUCGAGCUUAAGGAAGAGUGGCAGGAUGAGGACUUUCCACGGCCUCUGCCUGAGGAAGAGGAGCUGGACGACGAGUUAUUUGCUGGAGCUUCUGAAGAGGGAGACACUGGCUGCACAGUCAACCAUGGCAAGAAGGAGAAGAAGAAGCUCGCGGCUCCGGACAUCAGCCUCACUCUGGACCGUAGUGAAGGUUCUAUUCUGUCUGAUGAGUUGGAUGAAAGUACAGAGCUGGACUUGGACGACAUGGACACACCUUCCGACAACAGCAAUGAGUUUGAAUGGGAAGAUGAUCUCCCAAAGCCUAAAUCCACAGAACUACUGGAGAAGGGUGUGGAGUCAGUCCAGCAGUACUCUGCCUCAGAGGAAAGGGAGGAGGGCAGACGCUGGAGGGUGUUUCGCAUCGGGGACCAGGAGCACAGGGUGGACAUGACGGCCAUUGACCCGUACAAGCGAGUUAUAAGCCAUGGAGGUUACUAUGGCGACGGCUUGAAUGCCAUAAUUGUCUUUGCUGUGUGCUUCAUGCCUGAGAGCAGUCAACCAAAUUACAGAUACAUCAUGGACAAUUUAUUCAAGUAUGUCAUCGGCACACUGGAGCUUCUGGUGGCAGAGAACUACAUGAUUGUCUAUCUCAACGGGGCAACCUCUCGGAAAAAGAUGCCGACAGUCGGCUGGCUCAGAAAAUGUUAUCAGCAGAUUGACAGAAGGUUAAGGAAGAACCUAAAGUCGUUGAUAAUCGUCCAUCCCUCUUGGUUCAUUCGCACCGUGUUGGCACUCACUAAACCUUUCAUUAGCACCAAAUUUAGUCAGAAAAUCAAGUACGUGUACAGCCUGACAGACCUGGCAGAGUCGGUCCCCAUGGAGUACGUGUCCAUCCCAGAUUGUAUCAAGCUGUUUGACCAGGACAAAAAUAGGAAAAGCCAUAAAAGGAUCGACCAGGACGUGCACAGCAAAGUGGAAACGGCGGCCGCUGCCCUGCCCGAGUGACCCUUGAGCAAGAGAGCAAGAGAAGGAUGAAGAAUGUUUAAAGUGCUGCCACUCAAUUUUUUCCCCCCCUCUUGUGUGUUUUGGGUGAUGUGACUGGAAAAGUGCCUUGUUGAAGCCAUGCUGCCUGUUACAUGUUACAUGUUAUACGUGCAACUCUUUGCUUCUUCCUCCUUUUAAUCCCUUUUAGUGUCGCUCUGUCCUGUCCAAAUGUUACUUUAUUUAAGGCACUCUGUUACAAAUCAAUGAUGCAUGUACUGCUUUAUUGCAUUGAAAUAUAUAUUUAUAUUCCAAAGGUGACAAAAAGGAGAGAAAGUAAUAUAUUUUUAUGGUUGCUCUUGAUUUUAAAAGUGCAUUUUUUUUUUUUUUAGGUCUCUGACUGCCUUUAUUUUUACUGUCCCGGGGAGAAAAAAAUAAAGCGUUAUUUUUUUCAUG